CCAGUUUUUAAGGCAAACUCUUGGUUUUCCAACAAGCAAACUUUAUGCGCUUGAAAGUUACAUACUUGCGCGUUGUUGCGAAAAGUCCAUUGAUAAAAUAUAAUUUCUAUAUACUUUUUCGAUAAAAGAUUUUUUUAUUAUAAAGCUGCUAUAAAUAAGCCGCGAGCUUCUGAAACAAUAAUGGCGUCAACACUGAAGUCGUGCUGUUCAGGAAUCCCACAAAGAUGGAUCUUCGUGUUGAUGGGAUUUUUGGCCUUGUUCACCGCGUACGCCAUGCGCGUCUGCUUGUCUAUCGCCGUAACGCAAAUGGUCGUGCCGAUAGAGGAAACAAAAGAAUAUCUAGACGAUACGUGCCCUACCUUCGAAGACGAAGCUCCCGCAAACUCGACUGCAUUCAAAGGCGGAACAUUCGAGUGGAGCGAAUAUACACAGGGCCUCAUACUCUCGUCUUUCUAUUGGGGCUACGUGAUAACGCACUUCCCAAGUGCCCUCGUAGCGGAAAAGUUUGGCGGCAAGUACACCCUUGGAUUUGGUAUCCUCUUCGCAGGAAUCCUGACCAUCGUGUCACCCUACGUCGUUUACUGGGGCGACGCUACUGCGUUCAUAAUUGUGAGAACCUUGCUGGGCGUCUUCUGUGGAUGCAUGUAUCCUGCCUCGAACGUCAUGCUGUCUCAGUGGAUUCCCCUGUCUGAAAGAUCCAAAGCUGGAUCCAUGGUGUUCGCCGGAGGACCUUUGGGAACUGUGUUUGCCACGUCCGUAUCCGGCUUGAUUCUUGAAUACUCGAGCAUUGGCUGGCCAGCAGUCUUCUAUUUCUUCGGUGGCUGCGGAGUCGUUUGGUUCAUAGUGUUCAUGCUCAUCUGUUACAACAACCCUGUCGAACACCCCUUCAUAUCCGACAACGAGCUGAAAUUCUUGCAAGAGGAGUUGAGCGAGCACAAGCACGACGAUACGCCACCGGUACCUUGGAAAGAGAUCCUCACGUCGAAGCCCGUCUGGGCAUUGACGGUUGCAUCCUUUGGAAACGGUUGGGGUUUCGCCACUCUGAUCAGUGAUCUGAACAAGUACAUGAGCAGCGUUCUGAAGUUCUCGAUUCAGGAUAACGGCUACUUGUCUUCGCUACCGUUCCUCUGCAUGUGGUUCGGCAGCAUCAUCAGCUCCUGGAUUUCGGACUGGUUGAUCGUAAAGGACAAGAUGUCUGCGACCAAUGUCAGAAAAUGGGGGACCACGAUCGCCUCGGUUGGUCCGGCUCUUUGCCUCAUCGGUGCGUCGUACGCCGGGUGCAACAGGGUAGUCGUGGUUACCAUGAUAACCCUUGGAAUGACACUACUGGGAAGCUCUCUGCCUAGCAUCAAAGUCAACGUGCUGGAUCUCAGUCCAAACUACGCUGGUUCGCUGAUGGCUCUAACGAACGUUUUCGCUGCUGGAACCGGUAUGGUGACUCCUUCCAUCGUGGGCUUGUUAACGCCACAUCAGACUUUAGAAGAAUGGCGACUGGUAUUCUGGACAAUAUUUGGCGUCUUCUUGGGAACCAAUGUCAUAUUCGUCAUGUAUGCCAGUGGAGAUGUACAGGAGUGGAACGAUCCGCAGUACUUGAGGAAACUCCGAGAAAGUAAGAAGAAGCCCAAGAUCAACGAAGAAGUGGAACUGCUGCCAGUAACGAAAUCUGAAAAGGAGCACAAAUAAGAUUUAAGAGUCCGUUCAUUUAAUUUUUAAGGAACUCGCGCGUUAGAGCAUCAUUUGUAUAUAUAUCGCUAUAUUCAUCGCUAAUUUAUACGACACAGCAUUGACGGAGAGCUGAAGUAAUUUAUAGAUUUAAUUUUUCGCAUACUACACUUUACACGAAAUAUAGUCUAGUCACGCAGCAUACAAAAAUAUGGAUGCAUCAUAUAACUCGUGCCAUUAUUUAUUUAACGUAAUGUAACGUGGAAUACAAUAUAUUGUAUACAAUUAUUAAACGUAUUUUAGUACUGAUUUACUAGAAUCCAUUUACUCAAUAUCGAUAUUAAAACUGACGUGUGCAUUAUUUUAGUACCAAGACUUUACUGCGGAUGUAUAAAUUAGAUAAAAAUAACUUUUUGAUUGUAGAUUAAAAAUAGUAUGUUUGCCCAACGAUAAACUUAUCGCAUUAAACUUUGGAAUUGAUAAUUAUUCCAUCGGUCCCGAUGGAAUAAUUUUUCCCUUUCUGUUUAAUUCUGAUAAAGAAAUGAUAUCAUACUGCUAUUUCUUUCAUUGGAAAGUUAGAAAUAUAGAGACGAUCAGUAUAAUUAUACCAUCUAAUCGUGAAAAUAACCUUCGCAGUUAUAGUAUAAGCGGCUCAAGUACUUAGCAGGCCCAACAAGAUAGUUUUGGCAUAGUCGGCACACCACUAUAUCUGCACUGUAUCGGGCAAAUACCGAUGGAGUGAUUUAUAAAAGUACACGUGCGCCACCUACUUUCACUAUCUGAAAACUAAUAGAAAGUCAGAAAGUUCAAGCGAUAGUCGAAGAGCCAGUCUAAAAGUGCGGUUUCUCGGCUAUUGUUGAUAGACUGCGUCUAAUCCUUUCUUACAAUAAUAGAACAAAAUUGCGAGGUCUCAAGCAUACAAACAAAAUGAAUUUAUUAGCAAUUAUAUAGUCUUCGAUCGGUGACGGUCACUAUUGAACUUUACAGUCAUCAUCGUGUUGACGAACGUUGGUCGGAAGUGCAAUGCCUUCGACGAGUGUCAAUGCACUCAACCUAGAGUCUAAUAGCUCUGGUAUAUAAAUGACUUUUAUAAAUAAUCUUUACUUUUAUUGAUUGAUUUUAUUGCGUCUACAUUGUGGGAAUGUUAGCAUCAAGUCAAACAAUCCGUGAACAAAAAUUGAUUUUCUUUAUUUUAUUCUAUAUAGUCAAAAAUUAAUUUAUUCAUAAUAAUUAUUUAUUUAUACUGAUUUGCAAAAUAUAUAUAUAAAUAAGUAAUAAAUAAUAAUACAUAAGUAAAUAGGUUUAGUUAUAAUUACAUAUUGAAGUAUGAGUUAGAAGGUAAAUAUUUUUCGUGAAAUUUAUUGACAUAAAACACCAUACUGUAAAAAUAAAUAAACAUUAAACAAACAAAUUUGUUUGUCGAAUGUUGUCGUUGACAAGAAUUGUUCAUAUUUUCUGCAAAAUUAUAAAGAAUCGAAUCUUCAGUGAAUAACAUGCCUAUAUUUUGUAUAUAGUAUAUUCAUUAUAAUUAUGGUUCACUUGAUUUGAACCUUUCAAAAUACUUCGCCUUUUCACAAACGAAACAAAAAUAUUGGCUAUAUAUGGUCAACUAUUGAAGCUUUUUCGAAAAUUGUAUAAUUAUUCAGUUUCUAAUCACGCACAUUUUAAAUGUAUAAAACCGCGCACGCAAAGUAUUCAGAUUACGACCGAAUUAGCAUAGGAAUUUUGGUCUUUCUAAAAUAUGUUAAUCUCUGUACAAUUUAUCGUUCUAAUAAUAUACCAACAAUCGUAAAAGGUUAAAAUAACCGAAAAAUAUAGCCGUAUUAAAAAAUAAUUAAAUAAACAGGUGAAAAAUCAAUAUUGAAGCCUUCCUAUCGGGAGCAUAGUCUGAUAAAAAUAAAACUAACAAAAUUCCAUUCGAACAUUAAUUAAAAAGUCCGACGUCGAGCCUAUAACUAACGGUAUAUGCAUACGAGCGUCACGAUUAUAGCUCCGUUAUCAGCUUAUUACAUUCGAAGUUAAUGAAAUCGUCAGACAGAUUUUCGGAAAACCAAUCAAUGAAGACGGCAAACAUUGUAUUCGAAUGAGCUCUUUAUUUAAACAAAGUCAUGCGCCAUAUUUCGAUAAAUUUCCUCGUCAUCGCUUAAUGUGACAUCAGGAUAACGUUUUAUAUUCUCCAGACGAUUUACCCGCGUAUACAAUACACAGGCGGUAUAACUUAUAUAACAACGCGCCAAUGAAGUUCAAUCAACAUGCGAUUCUCGCGUAUUUUAAGCACAUUCAUACAAAUAAACUUUUUAAAACCAAACGCGCGAAUUUUAACGAGAUCUCUCUCUCCCUCUCUAUCGUUUCUAAGUAAUUAUGCAUAUCAUUUACAUUAUUAUGCAGAUGAGGCAAAAUUAAAACAUCGGAUGACGUAAAUAACGUCAAAUAGUAGGCAAUAAUGUCUCGCGAAGAUAACCGAAGAGAGUGAGAGAGAGAGAGAGAGAGAGAGAGAGAGAGAGAGAGAGAGAGAGAGCGCACA